UCUUCCUUCUUUUAAAUUAAGAAAAGAUCGAGCCCUUCCUCCUUCGACACUUCACUCUCAUCUCAGCGGAGAUUAAUUUCUCCAUGAAAGCAGUCAUCUUCUUCCCUGCACGAAUUGCAACGAAGAAACACACUAGAAAACGGUGAUCCCUGCUACAAGAUCGACGAAGCAACGGAGGCAAAUUUACAGUGUUGCGUAGAAGAAGAACUGCACAUCUCGAAAGAACAAAAAACCACGUCCUCGGUAUUGAAUCCGAUUCGAUGCCUUCAGUAAAUGACCAUGAAAGCAAGCAUUCGAUGUUCCUACCGUUCCAAAAUUCUUCUCUGAAACAGGCUGAUAUAGUGGAGCAAAGCAGAACAGAGCAGAGUAGCUAAUCCAUGGCGAACCAGCAAAACCAACCGGGACGCGGCGACGAGUACAAGUUGAAGGACACGAGCCCGAACCUGGGUGAGAGGUGGCCGCACCAACGGAGCAGCGGCUGGUUCGGGAUGGUGACCGGCGACAAGCUCACCAGCACCUACGACCUCGUCGAACAGAUGUACUACCUGUACGCGCGCGUAGUGAAGGCCAAGGACCUUCCCCCCAACCCCGUCACCGGCAGCCUCGAUCCCUACGUCGAGGUCAAGCUCGGAAACUACAAGGGCACCACGCGCCACUUCGACAAGCGCACCAACCCGGAGUGGAACCACGUCUUCGCCUUCUCCAAGGAGCACGUCCAGUCCACCGCCCUCGAGGUCUUCGUCCGCGACCGCGAGAUGGUCGGCCGCGACGACAUCAUUGGCCGGGUGGUGUUCGACCUCAACGAGGUCCCGACGCGUGUGCCGCCCGACAGCCCGUUGGCUCCGCAGUGGUAUCGGCUGGAGGAUCAGCGCGGGGAGUCCAAGGUGAGGGGAGAGGUCAUGGUGGCGGUGUGGAUGGGGACGCAGGCCGACGAGGCGUUCCCGGAGGCGUGGCACUCCGACGCGGCGUCGGUGCAGGGGGAGGGCGUCGUCAACAUCCGCUCCAAGGUCUACGUGUCCCCCAAGCUCUGGUACCUCCGUGUCAACGUCAUCGAGGCGCAGGACGUGGCCCCCAACGAGAAGGGCCGCCUGCCGGAGGCCUUCAUCAAGGCGCAGGUGGGCAACCAGGUGCUGAAGACUAAAGUCUCCGCCGCCAAGACCACCAAUCCGACGUGGAACGAGGACUUGGUGUUCGUGGCGGCGGAGCCGUUCGAGGAGCACCUGGUGCUUAACGUCGAGGACCGGGUGAGCCCCACCAAGGACGAGCUCCUCGGUCGGCUUGUGCUCCCGAUGACGCUCUUCGAGCGGAGGCUCGACCACCGGCCGGUGCACUCCCGGUGGUUCAACAUGGAGCGGUUCGGGUUGGCGGUGCUGGAGGGGGGCGAGACGAGGAAGGAGCUCAAGUUCUCGAGCAGAGUGCACCUCCGCGUCUGCCUCGAAGGCGCCUACCACGUCAUGGACGAGAGCACGAUGUACAUCAGCGACACCCGGCCGACGGCGCGGCAGCUUUGGAAGCAGCCCGUCGGCGUUCUGGAGGUGGGCAUCCUCAGCGCGCAAGGACUAGCUCCGAUGAAGUCCAAGGACGGCCGGGGAACCACCGACGCCUACUGCGUCGCCAAGUACAGCCAGAAAUGGGUCCGCACCAGGACGGUCAUCGACAGUUUCAACCCAAAGUGGAACGAGCAGUACACGUGGGAAGUCUACGACCCCUGCACCGUAAUCACCUUCGCCGUGUUCGACAACUGCCACGUCGGGGAGAAGCCGGCGCCGGCGACGGCAAAAGAUACGAGGAUUGGGAAAGUGAGGAUUCGGCUGUCGACGCUGGAGAUGGAUCGGAUCUACACGCACACGCACCCGCUGGUGGUGCUGCAGCCGUCCGGAGUGAAGAAGAUGGGAGAGCUUCACCUUGCCGUGCGCUUCACUUGCCUCUCCAUCGUCGGCGUCAUCUAUCUCUACAUGCAUCCUCUGCUGCCGAAGAUGCACUACAUACACCCAUUCACGAUCACGCAGGUGGAUAGCCUGCGCUACCAGGCGAUGAGCAUCGUGGCGGCGCGGCUGGGCCGAGCGGAACCGCCGCUGCGCAAGGAGGCGGUGGAGUACAUGCUAGACGUGGACUCGCACAUGUGGAGCAUGCGGCGGAGCAAGGCCAACUUCUUCCGGAUCAUGUCUCUGCUGUCGGGGACCAUCGGAGUGUUCCGCUGGCUGGAGGAGGUGCGGCGGUGGCGGAAUCCGGUGACCACUCUGCUCGUCCACGUCCUGUUUGUGAUAUUGAUAUGCUACCCGGAGCUGAUCCUCCCCACCGUGUUCUUGUACAUGUUUUUGAUCGGGGUGUGGAACUUCCGGUGGCGGCCGCGGCACCCGGCGCACAUGGACGCGAAGCUGUCGUGGGCGGAGGCGAUCCACCCGGACGAGCUGGACGAGGAAUUCGACACGUUCCCGACGUCGAAGCCCCACGACGUGGUGCGGAUGCGCUACGACCGGCUGCGGAGCGUGGCAGGAAGGAUACAGACGGUGGUGGGCGACGUGGCGACUCAGGGGGAGAGGCUGCAGUCGCUGCUGAGCUGGAGAGACCCGCGGGCCACCGCGCUGUUCGUGGUGUUCUGCUUGGUGGCGGCGCUGGCGCUCUACAUGACGCCGUUCCAGGUGGUGGCGCUGCUCGCCGGAUUCUACGCGCUGCGCCACCCGAGAUUUAGGAGCAAGCUGCCGUCGGCGCCGAGCAAUUUCUUCAAGAGGCUUCCUUCCCGAAUCGACAGCAUGCUCUGAGAGAAACCGAUCUACAGCUCCACGUCUUAUAUUUCUUCAAAAUCUUCUUGUUUUUGCAGAGCUAUCAGCAUAAAAUCUUCGACAGCAUUUAGACUGAUUUUGCUUGCUGUUUGAUAUAUAUUUCAUUUUAUUUCCCAGAGUGAUUGUAAGGAUCGAGAAGAUGAUCUAAUAUUGUGAAAAAUGCUUGGAUAAAUAAAAAGGGCAAUAGAUGUUAUGGAGUUCAA